UUGGUUUGUUUGGUUUCUGCCACAAACAGGGUCCGCCUUAGUGGCGCGAAGACACUGAGGCAGACCCUGUUUGUCCACUUCCUGCUCUCUACUUUCAAAGAAGAAGCAGUCAGUGGAGGAAGAGAAGAAGAAAGUGAGUUCUUCGUAUUCAUUCAUCGAGAACAAGGAAACAGCUGAAGAGUCUGAGAGGAGACCAGCAGCAUGUCGGACUUCAAAAUGUCACUUGAUAGAAGAUGGAGGAGAGCCCUGUUCUCCAUCCUGGAGCAGCUGACUGACUCACAAUUCACUACCAUGAAGUUCUACCUGGACCAGAUCCCUCCGGGACUGAGGACCGACAGGACCAGAGAGGAGAUCCCUGAUCUCAUGGUCCAGCACUACGGGACAGAAGUGUCCAUCUCAGAAAUAGAUAGAAUAAUGGAGAAAAUACCAAGAAAUGACCCUAAAGUCCAGGACCUGCUGCGCCCCUUUGUGGAGAACCUGAAGGAACAAGGGAAGAAGAGGAAACGUGAGGAGGAGUCGGUAGAUGUGUCCAAACAUCAGUCUAAAACUCUGGAUCAACCGACGAGCAGCCAACCGGACAAGGUGGACCCCGGUGCAGCCGUGAAGCCCAAGAAGAAGACCGAGAAGAAGACCGAGAAGCAAGACGGGCCGCUGAAAUCAGCCGAAUCCUCCAAAACCUCCAAAACCUCCAAGCCUGCUGCGGUCCAGACCGGGAGGAUCCUAAUGAAGGAAAUCUUAAAGUCCAAUAAGACAAACACCCACCUGGUGGUGGAGCUCAACGGGCAGGUGCAGACGGUGUUCAUGACGACUCGACUCCUGGCGAACGCGUUGGGCCUCGAGGUGGACGAUGGUUUUGAAAGCAGACUCCGCUCCCGGAUGCCCCUCACAGCACACGCUACAUUACAGGGGAAUAAAAUGAUUUCCAUUAACGUUAUCUCUAACCCGGAGACAAGCGAAUGUGCGAGUACGUCAGGAUCAGUGGCCGAGGAACAACAGCCUGACACUGAUCAAGAGAGGAGCAGCCAACCUGACGAGCCCCCCGGCCCGACAAUUCACUCCAUUAAAGCCGUCAAGUCACUUCCCAACAAGACAACAGUGAACGUCCAAGGAACAAUUACAAAGAUGAAUCGUGUCACAAAGGUUAAUGUGAAGUCCACCAAGAAGAAGGUAAACAAGAAAGAACUCCGCCUUAAAGACAAGACCGGGUCCAUCGACGUCGUCAUGUGGCGGGACGCCACGGAGGAGUGCAGGAGGUUAUCAGUUGGAGACGUCGUCACGGUUACCAACACCAAGACCAAUGAGUACCAAGGAAACGUAUCGCUCAACUCAACUGGACACACCAAAAUUACAAAGGUGGUCGGUGUGAAGCCCAAAAAGACGACAGGAUCCAGACCCGUCCCUAAAACCAGCAAAACCCGCCAAGGUGCAAGCAAGGCAACCCCAACAGAGGACAGCGUCCCAGCAGAGGACAGCGUCCCAGCAAAGAAGAAGCUGUUAAAAGUCCGGAGCGAGUUCGCCAAAAGAGCGUCUGGUCCAGUUCUGAACCAGCUCCUGGACAAACUCCUGGAGGGUGGUUUUAUAAUUUACGAGGAGAUGAACUCAGUCUUAACUAAUAAAACCAGCGAGGACAAAGCCCGGGCACUGAUAGACCUGGUGUGGGGAAAGGGGAAUGAAGCCAGCGCCCUUCUGAUCCAGACUCUCUGUGAAGUCGAUCAAUUUGUUGCAAAAGAGCUGAAAUUAAUCUGAAGCUAAGGAAAGAAACUAUGGAGGAAGAUGGAUCUCUUGGUGAAUUGUUGGGUUUCUGUAAAUAACAUCCCAGAGUCCUGGUCUAGACCUGCUCUUUAUGGAAAGACCUGGGAGAUAAAUAACAUCCCAGAGUCCUGGUCUAGACCUGCUCUUUAUGG